CAAGUUCUUAUCAAACUUGACACAAAAAAUAAAUAAAUGAAGACUUUAAAAAACGUACAUUGGUAGUAAGUCAACAGUUCAAUAUCUCAAGAUAGAUUAAAACUGUACAUAUAGCGCAUUAAUACAGGCUGCAGCGUCCAAUGAUAUUAUUGCUCGUUCCCACAAGCCUACCUGACAAAGAUUCAGCCAAAGGAAUGGGAGCACCUUAGAAAAAAUUAAAAAAAAACGUUAGCGUCCCGAAGCUAUCUCAAGGUUCUAUAGCAAGGGGCGCUGUCAAAACCACGUCUCCAGGGGCCUAUUUUGAUAUGAGGGAUAUUAACCAAGGCGUGAGGAGACCCUCCCCCAAGCACCACUAGUGGCACUGACGUCAUAUAUCGCAGUUUGGAGGCCUAACAAAGGAUAUUAGGGCCAAGGAGCUAGGAAGGAGCAGCAUUUAUCGCUAAGGGUACAGCUUCUUACCACUUGCUACAGGGUAACUUCGGAAAACAACACGGUUCAGGGUCAGAGAAAAGAUCCAUUUAAAAAGAAGCAAGGUGAAAAAUAUUCAGAUAAGAAGGACGUCUGCUGAGCAUUGAUUUGGCUUAGAUUGCCUGCAGAAUGACAGAAAAUUUUGAAUCUUAUGGAGUCCCCAAUGGUUACGCCAAGGCGCCCACUUUUAUUCCUCCCAACAAAUGUCAGUUGAGAAAGCUCGCAGAGAACCUAGGACUGGAACUAUCGGAGGAAGAAUUAACUGCAUACAGAGAACGGAUGCUCGGCCUUGAUGAAGACUACAGCGUGCUGGAUGAACUGGCAGAACCUACGUUACCUGUUAAUUAUCCUCGAACCCCCGGAUGGCGUCCAAAGGCAGACGACAACCCUUUCAAUGGCUGGUACUGGCGUACAGAUAUUCAAGGUGCCCCCUCUGGGAAGUUGGCUGGGAAAACCCUGGGUAUCAAAGACAACACGGCGGUGGCUGGGGUACCUAUGAUGAACGGGUCCAGGGUGUUGGAGGGCUACAUGCCAGAGUUUGAUGCCACUGUGGUCACCAGGAUACUGGACGCAGGUGGACGAAUUCUUGGGAAAACUGCAUCCGAGGACCUGUGCUUGGGUGGAAGUAGUUUCACCAACAGUAAAAUGCCGGUUUUAAAUCCAUAUGACCCAACGCGUUCGGCUGGUGGUACCAGUGCUGGUAGUGCAGCCCUGGUCGCAGGAGGCCAAAUUGACAUGGCUCUUGGCGGCGACCAAGGUGGAUCUAUACGUAUGCCUGCCUCAUGGUGUGGUAUUGUGGGGUUAAAACCCACGUGGGGGUUGGUUCCGUACACCGGAGCGUCCGCCAUGCACCCUCAUCUCGACCAUAUGGGACCUAUGACGAGGACUGUGGAGGACUGUGCCUUAUUAUUGGAGGUUACUGCUGGUUACGAUAAUGGUCUUGAUCCAAGGCAACCUCAGAACUUAGUGGUACCAGAAUAUGCAAAACUAUUGUCUGCUGACCUCACGGACAUGAAUGUGGGUUUGGUAAAAGAAGGAUUUUUUAAAUGUGAAGAACAGGUUACUUCCACCAUUCGGGCCUCCAUGCAGUAUUUUCAAGCAGCCGGUGCCAAAGUGCAAGAGAUCAGCAUUCCUUUGCACAUUACUGGCCGAAAGCUGGUUUCGCCAAUUUUAUUAGAAGGAUGCUAUGAAAACAUUUUCAAUGGAGCGGGAUCGGCGUUUGGUUUUCCCGGAUUUUACCCAACAUCGAUGCAAGAGGCUCAGGCUCGUGGUUUGAGGACCCAUUUCAAUGACGUGUCACACACGGUUAAAGUCAACGCCUUGAUUGGAGAGUAUACGAAACAACGCUACAACCACAUCCACUAUGCUAAAGCCAUGAACUGCGCCCGACUGCUUCGACAGGCCUAUGAUGACGCCCUCGCCAACUAUGACGUCAUCGUCAUGCCCACUAUACACAUUUUGCCGGCAAAGCUGUUGGAAAAGAAAGCCAGUAUUAUAGAGAGUAUAGAGCGAAGCCUUGAGAUGAUUCACAACACGCCCCAGUUCAACGUCACCCAUCACCCGGCACUCAGCAUCAAUGCAGGAUUCGCAGAUGGACUUCCGGUUGGCCUCAUGAUCGUCGGAAAGCAUUUUGAUGAGGCGACUCUUCUUAAAGCUGCUUACGGCUUCCAGCAGAAUCGAGAUGGACAUUAAUACGCCAACCACAGUCCAGUGCCAUAUUUAUUUAGCAAAGAUUGCACAAACAUGACAAUCGACGAAAAAAUAUUAUUGGCUCUGUUAUCGGCCUUUGAAGGCCUAACAGGGUUGUAAUUUUUUAGACAUGAAGAACAAAGUAACGCUGUUGUUACCUUUCAGUUAUCGAAUACAUGAAAAAAGAAAGAAAGAAAGAAAAAUCAAAUCAAAGCCCCAACCUCAAAAGUAACAAUCACACGUUACAGAAUCUUAUAAUCGCAACAGGUGAAUUCUAGAUGGAGCGAAAUUUCAAAGUUGGUCAAGGAAGUGCGUCUGCUCCAUUGAUUCAAAUGUGCAGAGUGGGGAGACUAACAAUGUACAGUGAAGAAAACUUGAUUUAAAAUGAUUUUAGUGAUGUGAAUAGAAUUGUUUCCUAAAAAUAAUAAUUUUUUGUUUCCACUACAAAUGUCUGUCUACCCAUUCACAUGAUAAAACGCCUUAGCGCUUGUCUAUUUUUAUUCUAGGUCCCAAACUACCGUUGUUCUUGUUCUGGCCACUGUUUUAUCCACCCAGAAAAAAAAAUCCCGAAAAAAAGACUCAUGUUUAUCUUUACAAAUAUGCAUAAUAUUUCAUUCAAGAUCAUGCACUUAAGCUUUGAAAAAACAAAUACACAACUGUUGAAAUACUCGAUUCGUGAGGAUGACGUGGCUACAAUGAUGAACAAUGGAACGCUGCGACUGAGACGUAUUUGACGAAGUCAUCAGACGUAAGGAGACGUCCCCUCAAUGACAUCAGCGAAAUGUUACAAAGCACUAAACGUCACAAUAAAAUUACAUCAUAGGGCAGCGGUUGCCGUGGAGCCGUUGCUAUAAUCACGUUCGACUCUGACAACGUCUACGUUUGACGGUGUUUUUUGCACGUAUUUUUCAAUUUACUUAUUGUGAAAAUGUUAUGUAUUUCUCAAAUGCGAGCUAUGAAGACCAAAACAAGGAGGGUUUCUUCCCUGGUAAGUGGUUUUAAAAGGAUAUCUUCUUACUGUUUGCAUGAUGGAAUGACUAUUUUAUAUCGGCAUUUCACUGUGAACAUUAACGUAAUUAUGUUCUAUGCCCCACUAAAAUCUUUUUGUUGAAAACUUAAAUAAACCACCUACUUCAUCACAAAUCUAAGUUAGAAUUGAAUGCAGUCCAGUCUGCAGAUGUUAUACAUGUCAUGGAAAAAUACUUUUUUGAUUGCGAAAUUCACCAACCAACUAAAACUUCAUGUGCCUUUGGCAUUUUCCAUUUUCGCCAAAUACAAACAAUUUACUCACCAGUUGACUCUUAAGGAAAUUAAACUUGCAGUUCAUAACUUGCUGGACUUUAACUUAUUUGCUUUUGUUUUAAUUCUUAACUUGCAAUUAAUGAAGGCAUACGCAAUUACAGUUUAUUACAUGGGAUCUGUUAUCAUUCUCAGGGACGGCCUAGUGUCUGGGCAGUCAUGAAACAGAGGGUGCGGAGUCUGUUUUGCGCUGGUAAAAGUCCCACCAUCUCAAUCAGCACUGCCGCCAGUGAAUCCCUCG